UCCUCUGACCAAAACCAGACACACACUCCCACGCGCAAACCACAAGAGAAACAUUGCUGCUGGGACGGGACUGAUCCUGAGCUCAAAGGUGCUGCUGGUUAUUUCGAGGAAUGGGGCGACGCUGGUGGUGUCUACAAACGUUAACGAGCACAGUUCAGGGCAAACGCCGCAACGUUGCACCGUCUGCCAGUGAGGUCACCGUGGCACAAAGCGAAGCGACCUGCGGCGGAGAUUCCGUGACAUUACGGCGGCUUUGUUCGCGAGCUGAUUGAUGCAAAGGCGCGCCGCGUCGCGUCGGUUUGGAUGAUGGUUUCUUUCUGAACGUGAUCGAUUAAAAAGUCAACGCGCGCAGGUACUGACAUUUGCACUGAUGGAUCGUGGAUAAGUUGUUAUUGAUGAACGCGGCGGGACUGUAGCACCAAGGGAGAAAACGAGAGUAGCCUACGUUCAGAACGACAGAUCGGGUUAAAAUUUAUAUUUAAUACAAUACGUCAAGCUCAGUCAUCACCAAAGUAUAAGAACCGUGAGGUAAAACAAUGGCUUUGGUCCUCUCUAUGAGCCCUUUUUGUGAACCUGAGGCCGAAGCCCCAACAUCAAUCUAUCAGCCGAUCUGGGAGUCCGAGCAUUGUAGCAAAAGCUGCGUCUCCACCGCCUCACCACCAGGGGGAGACACUCAAGGGGUCGUUGAAGAGCCCCAUUAUAAACGAACCCCUCAUGUGAUGGAUCAUGCGGCCGUGUCACGUAUCUCUUAUUUCAAGAGGAAGUUUGUUGAAGAUGAAGAACCAGUAAUGAGCUUCAGAAGUUACUGUCACACUCAGGUGUCACCAGUGCUGGAGGAACGUGCUCACGUUCUUCGUCUCUCUCUUGAGAAGCUGCGUUACAUGGAUGACCCUGAGUCCUUCUUAAGGCGCUCUGUGCUUAUCAACAACCUCCUACGACGUCUCAGAAAUGAAAUUCUCCUUCAGAGCGACUGGUGCUUUCCAGGAGGCCCUGCAGCCAGUCCCUGCCCCCUGCAAACCCCAGCACCCAGCACACCUCUCCCACCACCCACCUUGCAGCCGUGCGUGACGCCACCCGGUCCGUACCGCAAACGUCUGCGAAUGCUGCGGAGGGAGAGGCCGGAGUGCGUCCCCACAUGCUGCUGCCUAUAUGCAGCCGGGCGUUACCUCCAGCUCCCCCUGUCUGUGUAUGAACGGGACACAUACUCCAACUCUCAUCCCUCAUCAUCAUCAUCAUCAUCACUAGUUAGAUUUCCACAGCUGUUGGAGGAGGAAGAGGACAGUGAUGAUGAAGAUGAGCUGGACUCUGUGUGUCCCGUGUUGGGACUUUGUCAAGCCGAAAACACAGAGCAGAACAGAACAUGUCAAGGACUCAGGGAACGGAGCAACAGAACCUCGGAGAAAGAGCGGGAGAAAGAGAGAGUUAGAGGAGGGGAAGCUACGUUAAGCGUUUCACAACGAUGGCUUUCAAACACUAUGGGUAGCGGACAUCACGCAAGGGGGAAAUAACAUCAGAUUUUUGCUUUGGAAUUGAGGGGAAAACUAUUUUCCAACAGCUUUAUAGAUUUAUUAUUGGAGACAUUUUUCAGUUUUUAGGUACUAUUUCUGGAUUACUUAACACGACGAUAACAAAGGACAGCAAAUAGAUCAUCUAUUGCAAAAGCCACCAUACUGUGCCUUAAAUGUUUUCUUGUUUAAUAUGUUUUUGGCACUUCUGAAUAUUUGUGACUGAGGCUGUUUUAUCCACAGAGUUUGUACCAUGUGUGAAAGAUUCAAUUGUUUAAAUUUGAAAAAAAAUUUAAGUUUUAAGUUUACUUUUUCCCCGCCAUUGACGAGUUAUCUCCUCAAUCCGCAAUACCGCAAUUAUCCACCAGGUUCCACAACUCAUAAAACCCGGAAGUAUCCCCAGGGCAAACAGCUGUAUGUCCAUCUAAGUUUUGAGGAUCGCUCUGCAUCUGAUCUCUAUCAAAAGUCCUUUACAAAAAUGGAAUUAUCUCAGCUUUUUGCUCAAAAUCUGGUGUUUUGAAGAAACCUACCCUUAUUAAUAUAAAAAAUAUAAUUAUUAUUAUAGUGAUAAAAAAAAACUAGUAAAAAUAGGAUGAAACUUUUUUUAAAGCAGAGGGUCUGUUUUUUCAUUUAAUAUACAGUGGCAAGAAAAAGUAUGUGAACCCCUAGGAAUGAACUGGUUUUCUACAGUGAUUUGCCAUAAAAUGUGAUCUGAUCCUCAUCUAGGUCACAACAAUAGACAAACACAAUGCGCAUAAGGUGACAACACACAAAUAAUUCUAGUUUCUUGUGUCUUUUUUGAGAACCCCCAUUAAACAUUUAUAGAAGUAAAGUUUGUAUGUUUGUAUAUUUAAAGAAGAGCAUUUUCUGGGAGGCAUUAAACAUUCAUGAAAAUGCUGGCGGGCAAAGAGUUAAUUUAACAGAUAUGAGAAAUGCAUGACAUGGGUUCCUUGACCAUUGUCAGGUUUACAUGCAGUGCACUUGUUCCAGAAUGCAUGAAGUCUUGAAGGCCAUAAUGUUUAAAAUAAUUACUAAAUCCGACAGCACCCUGAACCUCCGAGCAUUUAUAUAUUCAGGAAACAAAGCACCAUAAACAACUACAGACUGGUGUCAUCUCAGACAAAUACCUCAAACUACAGACAGUAUAUAGUUUUAGUCCAGUUUAGUUUGUUGUCUAGUGGUCCUCACUGAUGCAAGUUGUUUUUGGCAUGAUAUGAAUGAAAUAAUCUUUUUUAAUAUCAAAGCUGUUUAUUUGUGUUUUUAUGCACUUUUUAUAGCAGUUAUGUAUUUUCUUUAGUUUUUUUAAAUACACAAAAGCGAGCCUCAGAUAAAGGUGGAAUUUAUGCAGAAAGCAGUGUUGGAAAUGGAAUAAAAUUGAGACGGGUUGCUUCAGAAUUUUAAACUGUGUAUGUGAUUUUUCGUGAAACGUGUUAAGAAUAAAGCAAUGAUCCUGAGCUCAUGUUGUUCCUCUUACCUUCUUGUGAUGUGAUUAUAUCUGGCAUACAGAUUAUUUCUUUUAUAACCUUCCCCAACACACACUCUCAUUCACUCUCUUUUAUUACUCUUGCUGUCACCUUUCCUCCAGUAUCACUAUGGAAACAAUGUUUACUUGAAGAACCUUCUGGAAUCCCCUGAGGCAGAAAGAGGUUCAUGACACACACCUCUCAACAUCAAACACACACACACACACCCGGUAGAUAUUGUGAACACAUGCACAUCUUCACCCUCUAUCUCGAGAUAACAUGCUUAAGAUGAAGUAUGCUGAUAAGGGCACUACCACACAAUCUGGAAUUGACCAAUAGGAUACCACCCUCACAACACAACAGGAAGUGUGUGCUGUAACAACUACUUAGUCACCAAUAGAUCAGAUGAUGAACAGUCAGAGAACAGACUGAAGUAUCACCACAGCAGUGGAGCAGUGAAGGAGGGAAGCAUUGCCCAAAAAUCUUCCAAGAAGCUAAAAACAGUUCAGCAUCUUCUACCUCUCAAUUUGCCACCAUUCAGGUGGAAACACUAAACCGGUGAAAACCCUCGCCUCUUCUUCAAUGGACAAAUCAAAGUGAGUAUGCUGAAAACAAUAAUGAUGUUAAAGGCGGAGUGCACGAUUUCUGAAAUACGCUUUGGAAAAAGGAGUCGGGCCGACUACCAAAACACACUUGUAGCCAAUCAGCAGUAAGAGAUUUGAAACCUAACACUGAAGGAAUAAUGUAUGUGAUGCAUGAGCUUAAAGAGAAAAAAUGUACAGACAACACCCUACUCUCCAACUUGGACUUUGCUGAGGGUUUCCUGAGAGAUCAUCCCUUAAACUUGACCUCAAAGCUAUUGGUUAAAGGCAAUUGGUCACAUGUGAAAAUUGGCAGCAGUACAUCACAUGUUUUUACUACUGACGAUAUCCUUGUUGCUGAAACUCUAUAUAACUGCUGAAUUUCUUCUGCUUGGCAAUGGACAAAGGAUUUAAAUAUUUUGAUGAGGAAUCUCUCGACCUGGACUGUCUCCUUUCAGUGAAAGUUCGAUUACAUAAACAGGGAUUGCUGGACUCACAACUGAAGACCAACCUUCAGUUCUCCAUCCAAGCCAUAGAGCACUUUCCUGCAUCCAAGCGGUAUAAUGCCUGUCUAAUGGUGGAGGGAGACAAUUUUCUUGUAAAGAUCAUUGCAGGGAAUCCAGUGUUCUAUUAUACAGUCCAUACAGGUCCAAACGGGCCACAGCUUCAUCAAAAAGUCAAGCCAGAGUCUAAACUCACAACUGCCAGCCUGUCAGAGAGCCACUUUGCUGGGCAUCAAUGCCGUGAUGAGAUUGAGAGCUGCAUGGAGCAAGCCAGAAAAGCUCUGAGCCAAAUGACGGAAGAAAAAUCAUCAAAUCUGGAUAAGAUGGAAAUGAAGAUAACCUGUGGAGAGUUUCACCUCACCUACAGUACCCAUCAGCCCCAGCAAACCAUCUAUAUCCAACCACUCCGCAGAAUCUCCCUUGGAAAAACACUCUCUGUGGAGAAGAUCCUGGAGACAAAGACACAUCUGGAGAAGAGUGGAGAGAUGGGGAAAAGCCUGUUAACCUGUUUCCAGCAUGUGCUGCAGAUAACUGAUAACUACUGGAAAGACAACCAUCGAAUUAUGCUUCAGGGUGAUGGGGAGACAUUGGAGUUUGUCAUUGGCAAACUAAACAAACAUGCAACCCAGGAUUUCUUCUACACUGAUGCUCAGAACAACGUUCAAAAGAAACGGAUCGUAGAAAGAAUGUGGACUGAGUACUUAGAUGAUUAGAAAUAAAGAAAUGUGCUUCUGCGUAUCUAUUACUUCAUGAAUCAGUAGAUAAUACUUAAGUAAACAUGCUAAUGUAGACUAAAGAAAUUACAAGUGUGGGCAUUACUACAAGGGUAGAUGUUGUAUAUCCUUAUUGUGGCUUGUUCCAUUUUUGACAAAAAUCUGAAAUAAAGUUGUGUUGAAACUGGUGUUUUGUGGCAUGGAAUGCUUCCUAAUAUUUACUGUAUAAUCCUGACAGAUGUCACAAGCCCAAACCAUACAAUACAACCUAAUGGCGUUUCUUCUUUAAGAAAUACAGAAAAUAUAUGAUCCCUCCCUCCUUUCCAACACAUGACUCAUUGUUUCUUCCUUAAAAACGAAACUAAACUCUAACCAGGAAGAGCUUUGUGAAAUUGAAACUUAACUAGUUUUUGAGAAUAGUCUAUAAGCUUUAACAUCACUGAACCACUGGAAGACGACACGUUCUACUUUGAAUUUGACCAAUAUUUAGGUGGAAAUUUAACACACAACACAAACCUUCUCUCAAUGGACACCUCAUUCUGUUACACUAGUUUUCACCCUAACACGGAAGGCAUCAUGUCUGCGAGGAACGAUCUGCAAAAAAAGAAAUGUACGGACAGCAUCCUCCUCUCCAAUCUGGCCUUUGCAGAGAGUGUUCUUAGAAACCAUCCUCUGAAAGAGUCUUCAAAGCUGCUGGUUAAAGGAGAAUAUUCCUAUGUACAAAUUGGUGACAGUGAGGAAAACAUUUUUACCGUAACAUUAGAAGACCACAAACCCCAUCUUAACCUCUGUAUCUACGACAGCCAGGGUCCAAAAAUAAAAAAAUGUAACAUAAAAGCCUGUCACUUUUUUGGCCACGCAUGCCAGGAUGAGAUCACAUCCUGUUUUGUUCAGGCUAGAGAAGCUGUUCUUGCUGAUGGGGUGAACUUAUUACACAUCACAUGCAACAGGUUCUCCAUCAUCUACACCACCCCGUGUGUAGAUCUAAUCAAAACCGUGACAACUAAGUGUCAGUUUAAGCUCGAGACCAUCACUGCUGAGGGUUUGCUGGAGAGGAAAAUUUGGCUACAGAAAGAGAAAUCCACAUGUAAUGAAUUGAUAGCAUGUCUAGAUCAUCUCAUCAAGCUAUAUCUUACCACACCUGAUGCUCCAAAGAAUAACUGUAGAUUUAUCAUACAUGGAAACAAAGAACUUGUACGAAUUUUCUCUUCAGGUGAACAUUGUGAGAAAGAGUAUUUAUUACAACAUGAGGGUUAUAGUACAAUAUCAAUGUUUCCUCCGGCGUGGGAGUAGUUGCUAUGAUGACAGGGGUUAGAAGUGUUGUUUUUCAUACAGUAAAAUUUCUUUAUGCAAUAGACUAUAUAAGCAAAGAUUUAAAUAUUACAGCACCUAUGAUACAAUCAUAAUGGGAAAACAAAAUCAGAUUGAUGGUAACAAUAAAUGCAAACGUGGAAAUGUGGUUUUAUUUAAAGGUUUACUUGUAUUUCACAAAAGAAAUAAUUUACUACUUCAAUCUACUGUAUAGUUAAGACGAGAUUAAUUUUAUUAUCCAAUGCACACACUUCUGUAGGUGUGUGAGGCAUUUUACUGCUUUUCAUCACGUUUUUCAUGUCCACCUGUAUUGAUAAUGUGUAUUAUGUAAUUAGUUUUGUGCUCCUUUUAUUUGUUGGCACUACAGGUGUGGUAUGGGAAAUGUUCAGUAGGUGGCUAGACUUGAAUUAUAGGAAGAAUUUGUUGCCCUGAACUGCUACAGGUUCAUUUUGAUUUUUAUUUUACAUUUUAAAAUGUGGAAAGCAACUAAUCUGUGUUUCUUUAUGUUACAAUAUGUAAAAAAACAGCUUCAAUCUUUACAUUUUUGUAGGUCCUCAUCUUGCAUUUUGUUGUUUUCAGGCCUGAAUACUAAUAAACUAUAUUUUAAUAAAGAACACAAAUAAAACCUACAAAAAUACAAUUAGUUCUGCUUACAGUUUUUACGAUUGCUUACACACAAAAUCUUUUCAUGCUUUUUCACACGAUUUUUGAAACCUCUCACUCACAGUGCAAAACUACAUGCCAAAUCUUCAAAACCAUAAGUUAUUUCUCAGCCUUUGACUCAGUUUUCAAUUGCAUAAAACCCUUUUUUCAAAACACUACACACAAUUAUCUACCUAAAACACAAAGAUCUAUGAGGAAGUGACUUGCUUUCCUUUUUUCAAACACAACCAAUCAAAAUGCUACACUACAGGUCACACAGACACACUCCUCACAUGUGCAAACACUAAUUGCUUAACUGAUCACUAAGCAAUCACUGCUUUACUUUACAGUAGUAUAGAUAGGCCUAUAAAUAGGUCAAAGGUCAGAUUACC